GGGCGCAUGCGCAGAGUCCUGCCGGGUGCCGCGGCUGGUUGAAAGCGGCCCUGGGAUCGCGUAGGCCUCGCCGUUUCUUCUUCCUCCUCCUCCUCCUCCUCACCCCGAGCGGAGCGUCGCGGAGGACCUUCCCCGGGUUCCCCUUCGCUCCGACCCGGGGCUCUUCAGCUGCUCCGUAGGUGCCGCUUUCUUGGCCGCCUCGAUCGUCGGCUCGCCUCCCGCUUCGGUGCCCGAGUGGCGACCGUCCAAGCGGGUCUUCCUUCGGGAGUCUGCCCGGCCGCCCCUGGCCCUGCGGCGGAGAGAGGCAGGAGGCGCAAGAGGAGGGCAGGUAGCUCUAGCAAGCGAGCCACGCCGCAUUUGGGGCCCUUGAGGUGCCGGGCUGGAAAGUGGGCCCGCCUCGCAGGGCUGUUGUGCAGGGUUAGCCGUGGUCGUCUCCUUGAGUUGACCAGAAUCUAACAAUAGUAAUUAUUUAUUUAUCUAUCAGAUUUAUAGCCUGUCCUCUUCGCCAUCUGAUAAGGAUGCUUCUUCUACAAUGGGGCUUUUUAGUUAGUGCUAAUUUUUAAAAGACUUUGGGCAACUUUGAGUCGAACUAAGUAAAGGUGGGGUAAAAAUCUCAUCACCAUCAUCCCCGCCACCCUGGCAGAGUAAUGGGUAGGAUUAAGCUGGGUCGUUAGUUGGAGGGGUCUCUUGUGGAAGGGGCACUGCCUGUCAGGGCCUGGGCUGGAGGCGAGGGAGGAAGAGGAGAAGAAACAAUUCCAGAGGAGGAGAAGGCUGGGAUGCUCCACGCCUACGUUGGUGCCACCAAGGAAUCUGUGCAGACUUGCCCAACAAGCCAACACACACACACCCACCGGGAGACUUUCAUGCAGGGCAAACGCACCUGGUUCUGCAGCACAGAGGAUGCCUGCCCAGAAGCUCCCGCCGGAAGGAAGCCUUCGAGCCCAGAAAGUGGGUGACGGCAGCAGCAGCAAUGCCAGUAACAGCCGAGCAGAUGACGCGAAUAAGCCGGGGGGUGAUUGGGCGGUCCAUGAAGACCACCUGGAAGACCGCGGGAAGGGGCACGCCUCAGAGAGCAACGCGUCGUCGACGGGGGCUUCUUUGGGGACGCUCCGAAAGGGGCCCACGCUGCUCAUUGACCGGCAGCAGAUUCGGUCGGUGGCCCUCAGGGACCAGGCGCUUGAGCUCCGAGGCCUGGGAAUCGAGGUCUACGACCAAGAGGUCUUGGAGCACGGAGUCCUUCGGCAGAUAGACAAGGCAAUCAGCGAAGCCGCUAACGUGGGCCCAGCCCAGGAUGCUGCUGCUGCUGCUGAAACAGACGGCCAGGCGGAGUGGGAGGAUGUGGGGCCGUGUACAUCCUCUCCAAAACCAUCUGCUACAAACCAUAUGGAGCAAAUUAGACCUCAGACUGCUGCUAAUAAGGAUAAUAGUAGAAAACCGGAUUCUGGGAAAGAACAAAACUGCAACAAAGAGCAAGAGUUUAAAAAAAUGAAAACGAAGCAAAAGCACCUUCAGAAUGCUGGUGAAGAAGCAGGUCCUGAUGACAAUGGAAGAGCUGCUGCUGCAGUGGAAGAAGGCGAGACUGAGGAAUCCAGGGAUGAGUUUGGAGGCCGUGUUGCUCCCGGCCCUUCGUUCCUGGGGAGGAUGCUGAGGUCAGCGCAGGAAGAGGCGGAAUGGGAGAAGCUGAUCCGAACCGGCCAGAUGACUCCCUUUGGGACGAAGAUGCCUCAGAAGCCAGAGAGGGGGAAGCCUCGCAGGGUGAUGCUGAAUGAAACUUCGGGUUUUGAAAAGCUCCUGGCAGAUCAAGCAGAGCUCUUGCUGGAGAGGAAGAAAGCCCCGUCCCGCAAGGGAGGCCGGCCCGGAGCGCCCUUGCAGGGUCCUCGGGCCAAAUCCCCCGUCUCUGUGGCCAAGGGCCAGAGGAAAGAGGGCCCAUCCAAAGGUGGCAGCCCUCAGCAGCAGCAGCAGGCUCCCCGGCUGCCGGCCAAAGCCAAGCUCCCCUGGGGAGAGCAGGAGGGCUGGGAGGCCUCUGGGGAGGAGGAGGAGGGUGACGAUGUGAAUCCCGUCUCCUGGGAAGACUCCCUGAAGCAGGAAAGCCAGCAUGGGACGGAUGAGGAGUUCUUCCCAAGCUCUUCUGAAGGAGACGAAGGAGAAGGAGAAGUGGGCGUUACUAAGAAGCGGAGAAUAAAGAGAUACAACGAUGAUGGCAAUGAAGACUACUACAAGCAGAGGUUAAGGAGGUGGCACAGAGAGCAGCUGAAAGACCGAAAAGGGCGCCGGAGCCAGGGCGAAGAGUCUGACGAAAGCGAUGAGGAAUUUCUGGAGGGUUUUAAAGUUCCAGGUUCCCUCUUCAAGAAGCUAUACAAGAAACGAUGUGUGCAACACCAGAGUUUUUCCCACAUGAGGAAGGUGAUCCUUGAGUAUCAUCAAAGGUACCAGCAGACAGGUGUGAGGUGGCUGUGGGAGCUGCACUGCCAGCAGGUGGGGGGGAUCCUGGGAGACGAGAUGGGCCUGGGCAAGACCGCCCAGAUAAUUGUCUUCUUGGCAGGCCUCAGCUACAGCAGGAUCAGGACGCGCGGCACAAAUUACAGGUACACAGGGCUGGGCCCCACGGUGGUUGUGUGCCCAGCCACCGUCAUGCAUCAGUGGGUGAAGGAGUUCCACACCUGGUGGCCGCCAUUUAGGGUGGCAGUUUUGCACGAGACGGGCUCUUACGCUAAUAAAAAGGUGAAGCUGAUACGUGAAAUUGUGGCCUGCAAUGGAAUCUUGAUAACCUCCUAUUCCUACAUCCGCUUGUUGCAAGACAACCUUCAGAAGCACAACUGGCAUUAUGUGAUUCUGGACGAGGGACAUAAAAUCCGGAACCCCAAGGCUGCAGUUACACUGGCAUGCAAACAGUUCUCCACCCCUCAUCGGAUCAUAUUGUCCGGGUCACCUCUGCAAAACCACCUGAAGGAGCUGUGGUCCCUCUUUGAUUUUGUGUUCCCAGGGAAAUUGGGGACCCUCCCUGUCUUCCUGGAGCAGUUCUCGGUCCCCAUAACCAUGGGGGGGUACUCCAACGCCUCCCCGGUCCAGGUGAAAACCGCGUACAAGUGUGCCUGUAUCUUACGGGACACGAUUAACCCUUACCUGCUGCGCAGAAUGAAGGCCGAUGUUCAGAUGACCCUCUCCUUGCCGGAUAAAAAUGAGCAGGUAUUAUUUUGUCGCUUGACGGCUGAACAGCAACAACUUUACAAAACAUUUAUUGAUUCCAAAGAAGUCUAUCAGAUUCUCAACAGAGAAAUGCAGAUUUUCCCUGGACUGAUAGCCCUGAGAAAAAUCUGCAACCAUCCAGAUAUCUUUUCUGGUGGACCUAAGAUCCUGAAGGGGACCCCCGAGGAAGACUUGAGCGAAGAAGACCAGUUUGGAUUCUGGAAGCGUUCUGGGAAGCUGAUCGUCGUGGAGUCUCUGCUGAAAAUCUGGCACCGGCAGGGCCACCGGCUGCUGCUCUUCACCCAGUCCAGGCAGAUGCUGCACAUCCUGGAAGUGUUUUUGAAGCAAAGGAACUACUCCUACCUCAAAAUGGAUGGCACCACCACAGUGGCCUCCAGGCAGCCUCUUAUUGCCAGAUUCAAUGAGGAUGCGUCCAUCUUUGUCUUUCUCCUGACUACUCGAGUUGGUGGGCUUGGGAUUAACCUGACAGGGGCCGACCGGGUGAUCAUCUAUGACCCUGACUGGAAUCCCAGCACAGACACUCAGGCCCGGGAACGCGCGUGGAGGAUCGGCCAGACCCGAGAUGUGACUGUGUACCGGCUUCUCACUGCAGGGACCAUUGAAGAAAAGAUCUACCACAGGCAAAUAUUCAAACAGUUUCUAACGAACAGAAUCCUGAAAGACCCAAAGCAGAGGCGUUUCUUCAAGUCCAAUGACCUCUACGAGCUCUUCACCCUGAGCGCCCCGGACGGAGCCCAGGGGACAGAGACCAGCGCCCUCUUUGCAGGAACCGGCUCUGAUAUUCCAGCACCGAAGCGGCCGUUGAAGCGUCGCAACGCCAACGGUUCUGGAUUUUCCAGAAGGCCCCAUGCAAAGCCGACCUCCGGGCAGUCCAAUUCCUUCUUGGCAAGAAAACAUGAAAAUGCGCCCCUUGCAGCAGGGGAGUCGUUGGUCGAGGGAAGCUCAGCGCUGUCCCCUUGUCCUCUUCCAAAAGACCCUGCCCACAUUCCCACUGCCAGUGCGGAUUUGCUCCUGGGGACAGGAGAGGAGCCCUCGGGGCUGGGGGAGAGGCCGGGCCGAGGAGGAGGAGGCACAUCGGAGGAGGGGAAGGGCCGGGAGAGGCCAGGCUCCGGGGGACAGCAGGGCGGCCGUCGGCCCGGGGAGCCAACCUCCACCCCGGGGCCUCGCAAGGGCAAACGGAAGAGGCCCAAAGGUUCUCGGGGUGCCAGAUUCGAGGGGGUGCCAAUUCCUCACCUGGUGAAGCAGAGAAAGUACCAGAAAGAAGAUUGUGAAGCGGGACUGCGAGAGCCAAAGAAAAGCGAUGAUUACGUUUUGGAGAAGCUUUUCAAAAAAUCAGGAAUACACAGCGUGAUGAAGCAUGAUGCCAUCAUGGAAGCUUCCAGUCCAGACUAUGUGUUGGUGGAAGCCGAGGCCAGCCGUGUCGCUCAAGACGCCCUCCGAGCCCUGAAGAUUUCUCGACAACGAUACCGGGGAGCUGCUUCCACGCGGACGGAUGACACCCCAGCCGGGUUAAAAAGCAGAUUUGGACAGAAGAGGAACCCAAAUUUCGUGAUACCAUCUUCUUCCUAUGAAGCUUCAGGAAAAAAGUGCAAGUUGAAACAUGAGCAGCUCAUAGUGAACGAGGGCGAGAGAGAGAGAGGAGGGGAGCAGGCCCGUGGCAUCUCUCCCUUGGACGGGGAAGCAGGGGCAGCAGAGGCCUCUCCGAGCGCCUUGGACUCCUCUUCGCUGCUGGCUAGAAUGAAGGAGAGGAACCACCUGACUGGAUCCCAGCAGAGAGAGGAUCCGGCCGAGGGGAGUUUUCAGCACACGAUCCGCGGGGCCCCCACAGCCACCGAGCAGGACGAGCUGCUCUCGGAUAUCCGGAACUUCCUGGCUUUCCAGGCUCAGCUGCAGGGCCAGGCCAGCACUCGGGAAAUUCUGCAGGAAUUUGGCUCCAAGCUGACCACGGAGCAGUCCUGCAUCUUCCGGGAGCUUCUGAGAAACCUCUGCACUUUCCAUAGGAGGCCGAGUGGCGAAGGGCUCUGGAAACUCAAACCAGAAUUUACAUGAUCGGGGCUGCCCCCCCCCCCAAGACUCCCUGCUGAGGCUUUUCGGCCGAGCGUCGUGUCUGAGGAGGCUCUUGGGCGCCCUGCCCUGCACACAGGGUGCCGCCAGCCUGACAGGACAGGAGUAGAAGAGGCCAGCUGGACGCUUUCCUUGAUUGAACGGAGAGUUCAAGUGGAUCUUAAAAUGGUUUCCUAGCAAGCUUUCUGGUGAAUGAUGCAAUAAAAAUCAGAAGGUCUGA